CACAUACAGCAACGCACAUACAAUCACAGUUGCAUUUAUGCAGAUUAUGUUACACACAGACACACUUUGUGUCUGUAUAGUGAACACACACAUAAUGAAACUCACACACACAGUGACACAAAGUUACACAUACAUAGUGACAUGGCCAGUUACAAACACAUAGUGACACACAAAGUUGUACACACAGUUACACACAUAUAGUGACAGUUGUACAAAUACAGUUGUACAUAAACACAAAUAGACACUCACAGUUACAAACAUAUAGAGACACACACACACUUACACCCCACUACUCACAUUUUGCCUUUCUAGGUGAUUUCCACACUGAGGAUUCUGCAGUUAUGGGCCCUAGACCCCCGACCCUUUUCCCAGUGCCUAGAAAGCCCCUCCUUCUUUGUCCCUGUCACUCGCACAGAUAUCUGUGCCCAGCACAGUCAUCCCUGGCACUCUCUCCUCCAGCUGCUCUGGUACUUAGGGACAGGCACUAGUCUCUGCUGCCAAGUGAGUACCGACUGACUCUCCUUCACCUGUCAGGCUGAUAUCCAGGGACUGGCACUUUCUCUGUUGUUCUGGUACUCAAGGUCCUGCACUUUCUGCUCCUGGAACUCCCAUACUGCCUGGGACUCUCUUCAGCUGAUCUGGUAUCCAGAAACUAGGAUUAUCAGCUUCUACUGCUGUGGUACCCAGCAUCUCUUGUCUGACUGGCACUCUGCCCUUCUCCCUGGCUGGGCUCCACCAUUCCCUCACCCGGUGGCAGGGAGCAGCUGGCCCUGGUACCCGGGGUUGUGCCCAUAAAGCGGGUGGCAUUGGUGGCCCUAGGGGUUGCCAUGCUGCUAGUGCUGGUCAUUGUGAUCCCGCUGCUGGUACUGGCCCCACCUGGGGAGGGUCACUACGAGAUGCUGGGCACUUGCAGAAUGAUCUGUGACCCCUACAGUGGACACCCCUCCACUGCUAUCGGUGAAGCUCUACAGGAUCUGAGUGGUGCCCCUCCCCCUUUCAUCCAGGGGUCCAAAGGGGACCCAGGCAGACCUGGAAAGCCAGGAGCCAGGGGCCCACCUGGAGAACCUGGACCAAGGGGCCCUCCAGGAGAGAGAGGGGAGCCAGGCAAAGCUGGCAUUCCAGGACUGGGUACCUCAACGCCAGGUUCAGUCUCUGCCGCCCUCCCAUCUCCUCGGAUCGCAUUCUAUGUCGGGCUGAAAAGCCCACACGAGGGUUAUGAGCUGCUCAAGUUUGAUGAUGUGGUGACCAACCUAGGGAAUCACUAUGACCCCUCCACUGGCAAAUUCACCUGCCAAGUACCUGGGAUCUACUUCUUUACCUACCACAUCCUCAUGCGAGGGGGAGAUGGCACCAGCAUGUGGGCAGAUCUGUGCAAGAAUGGACAGGUCAGAGCCAGUGCUAUAGCGCAAGAUGCGGAUCAGAAUUAUGACUAUGCCAGUAACAGUGUGGUACUUCAUCUGGACUCUGGGGAUGAAAUCUACGUGAAGUUGGAUGGAGGAAAGGCCCAUGGGGGAAACAAUAACAAAUACAGCACCUUCUCUGGCUUUAUCUUGUACUCAGACUAGAUGGAAUCCACCUGGCACAGAAACUGUGAGACAAAGAUACUUAGACUGAAAUAGAUUGACCCACUGUGGGGGGCUUCAUAUUUCAAUUGUGACUACCAUGGAACUUCAUCACUCUGCUCAAGUUCCCCACAACCUACCCUGCUGAGCUACUAUAGAAACCCUGCUCAACUACUAUACCAGAACCCUGCUCAGCUACCCCAGAACCCUACUCAUUUUCUCUUAAAUCUUUGGAAAGCUACUCCAGAACCCUGCUCAGUCACCAUAGAAACCAUGCUCAACUACCCCAUAACCCUGCUAAGCUAUGAUAGAAAGCCUGCUAAACUACCCCAGACCCUGCUCUUUUACCAUAGACACUCUACUAAACUACCCAGAACCCUGCUCAGCCACCAUAGAAACAAUGUUCAUCUACCCCAGAACCCUGCUCAGCUAUGAUAGAAACGCUGCUUAACUAGCCUGGAGCCUGCUCUUUUACCACAGACACUCUGCUAAACUACCCCAGAACCCUGCUCAGCCACCAUAGAAACCAUGCUCAGCUACCCCAGAACCCUGCUUAGCUAUGAUAGAAACCCUGCUUAACUACCCCAGACCCUGCUCUUCUACCAUAGACACCCUGCUAAACUACCCCAGAACCCUGCUCAGCCACCAUAGAAGCCACACUCAACUACCCCAGAACCCUGCUCAGCUAUGAUAGAAAGCCUGCUUAACUAGCCUGGGCCCUGCUCUUUUACCACAGACACUCUGCUAAAGUACCCCAGAACCCUGCUCAGCCACCAUAGAAACCAUGCUCAACUAUCCCGAAUCCUGCUCAACUAUUCCAGAAACCUUUUCAGCCACCAUACAAACCAUGCUCAACUUCCACAGAACCCUGAUCAGCUAUGAUAGAAAGCCUGCUUAACUACCCCAGCUCAGCUACCUUAGAAAAACUGCUCAAUUACCCUAAAACCCUACAAUUCUGCCAUAGACACCCUGCUCAACUACGUCAGAACCCUACAUAUCUACCGUAGAAACUUGAUCAGAUACCAUAGAAACCCUGCUUAUCUGUCCUUCCCUGCUACCACAAAAACACUGAUUAGAUACCAUAAAAAUCCCUGCUCAUCUGUCCCAGGGUCCUACUUAUCUACCAUAGAAACCCUGUUCAACUAUUCCAAGUUAUCUAAUAAAGAAACUCUGAUCUAUGGAUCUAUUCUCCAUAGAUCCAUGGUCAGCUAC